UCCUCUGCUGACACGGUACGUUUUAGGGUUGCCAUCAACAUAAAGCCAGUGUAGAUGACAACAGAGGAACUCCCAGCGCUGAAACCUGUAGCAAUUCUGGACAUUUGGUUUUCUGUUUAGAAACAAUAGGCUUGAGUUACCAUGGUAGAAGCAGCCCUGAGGAGUAGCGAUACAGCAAAGGAAAACAGCAGCAGCUUCUAGUAAACAUGAUUCCUGUUACUGAAUUUCGUCAGUUCUCUGAACAGCAGCCGGCAUUCAGAGUACUGAAGCCAUGGUGGGAUGUGUUUACGGACUAUCUCUCAGUAGCCAUGCUGAUGAUUGGUGUAUUUGGAUGUACAUUACAGGUUAUGCAAGACAAGAUAAUAUGCCUUCCAAAAAGAAUACAGCCUUCACAGAACCACGCUCACAUUCCUAAUGUGUCUAAUGCAGUCCCAAAUACAACCCCACUUCCUCCACCCAAACCAUCCACUACUCCUGCCACUGUUGAAAUGAAAGGACUAAAGACUGAUUUAGACCUUCAGCAGUAUAGCUUUAUAAACCAAAUGUGCUAUGAACGUGCCCUGCAUUGGUAUGCAAAGUACUUCCCUUACCUUGUCCUUAUACAUACUCUGAUCUUCAUGCUAUGUAGUAACUUCUGGUUCAAAUUCCCUGGAUCGAGCUCAAAAAUUGAACACUUCAUUUCCAUACUGGGGAAAUGUUUUGAUUCUCCCUGGACAACCAGAGCAUUAUCUGAAGUGUCUGGGGAAGACUCGGAAGAGAAGGACAACAGGAAGAACAACAUAAGCAGGUCAAAUACUAUCCAACCUAGCACAGAAGGCACUUUGGUCAAGAGUCAGUCUUUAAAAUCGAUACCUGAAAAGUUUGUUGUAGAUAAGGGGACGGCAGGGGCACUGGAUAAAAAAGAAGGAGAACAGGCAAAAGCAUUAUUUGAAAAGGUGAAGAAAUUCCGACUGCAUGUUGAAGAAAGUGAUCUGCUCUAUGCUAUGUAUGUUCGUCAGACUGUACUUAAAGUUAUUAAAUUCCUUAUCAUUAUUGCUUACAAUAGUGCACUAGUUUCAGAAGUUCAAUUUACAGUAGACUGUAAUGUUGACAUACAGGACAUGACAGGAUAUAAGAAUUUUUCCUGUAAUCAUACCAUGGCACAUCUAUUCUCUAAACUUUCCUUCUGCUACCUGUGCUUUGUAAGCAUCUAUGGACUAACAUGCCUUUACACUUUAUAUUGGUUGUUCUAUCGUUCACUAAAGGAAUAUUCUUUUGAAUAUGUUCGGCAAGAGACUGGAAUUGAUGAUAUCCCAGAUGUUAAGAAUGACUUUGCUUUUAUGCUUCACAUGAUAGAUCAAUAUGACCCUCUUUAUUCAAAGAGAUUUGCAGUGUUCCUGUCAGAAGUCAGUGAAAACAAGCUGAAACAGCUGAACUUAAACAAUGAAUGGACUGCGGAUAAAUUGAGACAGAGGCUACAAACAAAUGCAUAUAACCGGCUAGAACUGCAGCUCUUCAUGCUUUCUGGACUUCCAGACACCGUUUUUGAAAUUACAGAGCUGCAGUCUUUAAAACUUGAAAUAAUUAAUAAUGUUAUGAUACCAGCAACCAUUGCACAGUUGGAUAAUCUCCAAGAGCUCUCUUUGUACCAGUGUUCUGUGAAGAUCCACUGUGCUGCCUUGGCUUUUCUGAAGGAAAAUCUGAAGAUCUUGAGCGUCAAGUUUGAUGACAUCAGGGAGCUUCCACAUUGGAUGUAUGGGCUCAGAAAUUUAGAAGAGCUCUACUUAAUUGGUUCUCUCAGUCAUGAUAUUUCCAAAAACAUUACACUUGAGUCUUUUCGGGAACUUAAAAGCCUUAAAAUUCUCUACAUUAAAAGCAAUGUAUCCAAAAUCCCACAAUCUGUAGUUGAUGUUUCAAGUCAUCUUCAAAAAAUGUGUAUCCAUAACGAUGGCACCAAAUUAGUCAUGCUCAAUAACCUGAAGAAAAUGAUUAACUUGACAGAGUUGGAGCUGGUUCACUGUGAUUUGGAGCGCAUACCUCAUGCAGUUUUUAGCCUUCUCAGUCUCCAGGAAUUGGAUUUAAAGGAAAACAACCUCAAAUCAAUAGAAGAAAUAGUUAGUUUUCAAUAUCUGAGAAAACUUACAAUCCUAAAACUGUGGUACAACAGUAUAACAUAUAUCCCAGAACAUAUAAAGAAACUCACUAGCCUAGAGCGUCUUUCCUUUAGUCACAACAAAAUAGAGGUUCUUCCAUCCCACCUAUUCCUAUGCAACAAAAUCAGAUACUUAGACUUGUCUUACAAUGAUAUACGAUUUAUUCCACCGGAAAUAGGAGUGCUGCAAAGUUUACAGUAUUUUUCCAUCACUUGUAACAAAGUGGAGAGUGUGCCAGAUGAAUUAUACUUUUGCAAAAAACUUAAGACUCUCAAGAUUGGGAAAAAUAACUUGUCAGUCCUUUCACCUAAAAUUGGUAAUUUAGUAUUCCUCUCCUAUUUGGAUAUUAAAGGCAAUCACUUUGAAAUUCUCCCGCCUGAACUUGGUGAGUGUAGAGCUUUGAAGCGGACUGGCUUGGUUGUAGAAGACACCUUGUUUGAAACUUUGCCUUCUGAUGUUAGAGAGCAGAUGAAAGCUGAAUAAUUAACUUCUUUUUACUCAGUUUUACAGAAAGAUGCUUCUACCAAAUACACUAUAUAAAUAAUUUGAUAGUCUGAGUAUGCCUUUAUUGAUGUGUUUAUUUUAUUUUUUCUUUUGUCCUUUUAACACGAAACUAUCUGUACAAACAAAUGUGGAGUAAGGAAUAUAUAUAUUUUUUUUAAUAAAAAAUUACUUGUAUUUUUUCACAGUUUAAAAAUAUUUUAAAGUUUAUUUUGCCCUGAUAACAAGAGUGUCUGAAAAAUUAUUUUGUACUGGCAAAAGCUAAUGGUUAGAUUAACUGUUUCUUAAUUUUGCAUAUUUUUUUAAAUAGAUGAAUGUAUCAUCUGCUGGGCCAUUGUUAAUGCCUUAG